AUGCCUGCAAAAUCCACUAGUGAAGGCAAGAAGAACUCGAAGAACACCGAGACCGGCAGUAAGAGAGGGUUGAAGGGUCGUGAAAAUAGCACGAGAGACAAGGAUGGUGAUGCUGUGAGCCUUGAGCCGCCCGAAAUUGAGUGGACCGAAGAACUCACCUUUCAGAUGCUCACUGAGAUCACUGAAGACGAGGAUAUCAAACAAGGCUUGUUUCCAGUUCCUGGCUCGAAUCCAAGAAAUCAAGGUGUCCCAAAAACUCACUGGCAUUGGGUUCUAUGCGAGAAACUGUUUUCUUACCACGAGGGCUAUAAAAGCCGGUUUGAAGUGUUGCAGGACAAAGGCACACCAAAGCAGAAAGAAGCCUGGCUGUCAUGA